CGCGGCAUACGAGCCAAGAGAAAAUCAGUAUCCAUUAGAAUAAUCUCCAAAAUUUAUCUAAUACUAGCCAAAUCGUAAUGGACGAAGGGUGCGAGGAUUUUUUGGGAGAUAUCGAAGAUCUUAUUUCGGCCGACGAUCCAUCACCGAAGGAGCGUUAUGCCAACAAAAAGGACAUCACCAUUCGAGCGAAACGCGCCAAAGUGAUUCGUGCAACUCCAAAAGAUGUUACCGUAGAAAAGCCGCUACUAGACAGCGUUAUCCCGGAGACACAGCAUAUCUACAUGAAAACGUGGGGAUGCGCGCACAAUACAUCCGAUACCGAGUAUAUGGCCGGCCAGCUGGCCCAGUAUGGGUAUAAUCUAACGAAGGAUAAGGAUGCCGCAGAUUUGUGGGUGCUUAACAGCUGUACCGUAAAGAAUCCUUCGGAGGACACGUUUCGCAAUGAAAUCGAAGCGGCGCACCAGGCGGGCAAGCAUGUGGUCGUGGCAGGAUGCGUACCGCAAGCAGCACCGAAAUCGGACUAUUUGAAAGGCCUGAGCGUAGUCGGUGUCCAGCAAAUCGAUCGUGUAGCGGAGGUUGUGGAGGAAACGUUGAAAGGACAUUCAGUACGUUUGCUACAGGCAAAGAAGGUGAAUGGACGAAAGGUUGCUGGACCGAAACUGUCGCUGCCAAAGGUUCGCAAAAAUCCCCUCAUUGAGGUGAUCCCCAUCAAUUCGGGAUGUCUAAAUGCCUGCACAUAUUGCAAGACAAAGUUUGCCCGUGCCGAUUUGGUAAGCUAUCCCGUGGAAGAGAUAGUCGAUCGCGCGGUUCAGGUGUUUAAAGAAGGCGUAUGUGAAGUAUGGCUCACUUCCGAAGACACAGGAACCUAUGGACGAGACAUUGGUUCGUCAUUGCCAGAGUUGCUGUGGAAGCUGGUAGAUGUGAUUCCAGAAGGAUGCAUGAUGCGCCUUGGUAUGACCAACCCACCGUACAUCCUGGAGCAUCUGGAAGAGAUGGCAAAGGUUCUCUCCCAUCCACGAGUGUACAGUUUUUUGCACAUUCCUGUGCAAAGUGGGUCCGAUACGAUCCUCGGUGAAAUGAAGCGCGAGUACUGCGUGAAGGAUUUCGAACGUGUGGUUGAUUUUUUGCGCCAGAAGGUCCCCGGUAUAACCAUCGCGACCGAUAUCAUAUGCGGAUUUCCUGGUGAAACGGAAACUGAUUUUGAAGAUACCGUAACACUGUGCAGAAAAUACGAGUUUCCGAGUCUUUUCAUUAACCAGUUUUUCCCGCGCCCCGGAACACCGGCGGCGAAAAUGGAACGUGUACCGGCAAAUAUUGUAAAGACUCGCACCAAAAGGUUGACGGAGUUGUUCCACUCGUAUGAACCGUAUCAAAAGUACACACCGGACUCGAAACAAACGGUACUGGUCACCGAAGUUUCCCACGACCAAAAGCACUACGUAGGGCACAAUAAGUUCUACGAGCAAGUUCUUUUACCGAUGCAUAAGAAUUUGCUGGGAAAGCAGGUUGAGGUUGCCAUAACAGGAUGUACCAAAUUCAGUAUGUUCGGUAAAAUCGUGCAAGCAGAACAGGAAUGGGUGAAUUGUAGCAAACCGAUCGCUAAUAGUAUCUCGACCAACCAACUAUCCGUAGCUGAGGAUUCGAAGUAUCGCUCGAUAUUUGCCUUCUUCGUUUUUUCGUGCAGCUUGGCGAUAAUUUCCAAAUACAUGUUCAUGUAUUUCGAUAUCUAGUUACACGGAACACGUGAGAAGAUUAAAUUUUAUGGUUUGUAAAUAAGAAAAGAACUUAUAAAAAAAGGAUUUUUAACCUUUUACUUUACGGUCGUUAAACGUGUUUAUAAUCUAAAGUCUAAUCAAUUGUCAUAAAACCAUCGGCAUUAGAUAGAUACACAUUUUCCUUCUUUGUGUUGGCACCGACGAUAAAGUGUGGACCGACCAGACAAUUCUUCAGAACCGAUCCACUCUUCACUACCGCCUUUUCUCCGAUGAUGCAAUUGUCGAUGAUUACACUGCGGAGAAAAUCAAUGAAAUCAUAUGAAACCAUAUGCACAGAAAUAGAAAACAUGAGUUGUGUUACCUCUCUUCCACCGUGACGCCAUCCAUUAGAACGCUAUUAUUGAUACGAGUUUUCGGUUGGAUCGAACAACCGUUCGCAACUACGUUCGUGUUGAGUGAGGUUUUUUCACUGAUUGUAGUCAUGUCGCCAACCGCACAUUUCGAAAUCUGUGUCGAUUUAAUCGAACUCGUUUGCGAGACCAGUUCUCGCUCGGUCAAACCAGUCAAGGCAGGAAA